CGUUCCCCCGCACCGUACUUGCCUAGCAAGAAAUUACCUUCUCAUAUAUAUCAGCCACCGUUCAAAAACCUGUUCCGUUCACCGCACACCACACAGAGAGACGCUGUGAUAAGCUACAAUCCCCACUCCGAUCGAGAAAACCCUAACGGAUGUCGGAAGAGCCGGUUGCAGCUUCUCCAUCGGCGGCGGCGGCUGCUGCUUCCGCCGCCGCUCCGCUGGGUUCGUCCGUGAUCUCGCUGGUGAACAGGCUUCAGGAUAUCUUCAGCCGCGUCGGAAGCCAGUCCACCAUCGACCUGCCGCAGGUGGCGGUGGUCGGCAGCCAGAGCAGCGGCAAGUCCAGCGUCCUUGAAGCCCUCGUCGGAAGAGACUUCCUCCCACGCGGCAACGAAAUCUGCACCAGAAGACCCCUCGUGCUUCAGCUCGUCCAAACCAAAGGCUCACAAGACGAGUUCGGCGAGUUCCUCCACUUGCCUGGUCGCAGGUUCCACGAUUUCUCCCAAAUUCGAAGGGAAAUUCAGGCUGAAACUGAUAGGGAAGCUGGAGAGAAUAAAGGUGUUUCGGAUUUGCAGAUUCGUCUGAAGAUUUUUUCGCCUAAUGUUCUUGAUAUCACACUUGUGGAUCUUCCUGGCUUAACGAAGGUUCCUGUUGGUGACCAGCCUUCGGAUAUUGAAGCCCGAAUUAGAACAAUGAUCAUGUCAUAUAUCAAAACUCCCACAUGUCUUAUUCUGGCUGUCACUCCCGCAAAUUCUGAUUUGGCCAAUUCUGAUGCUCUUCAGAUGGCAGGAAUCGCUGAUCCUGAUGGUAAUAGAACGAUAGGUGUGAUCACAAAGUUGGAUAUCAUGGACAGGGGUACUGAUGCCCGGAAUCUGUUACAAGGGAAAGUUGUUCCCCUUCGACUUGGUUAUGUUGGUGUUGUAAAUCGUAGUCAGGAGGAUAUUCUAAUGAACCGGACUGUAAAGGAUGCUCUUGUUGCUGAAGAGAAGUUUUUCCGCAGCCGUCCUAUAUACAGUGGUCUAGCAGAUAGUUGCGGUGUUCCUCAAUUGGCAAAGAAGUUGAACAAGAUUCUUGCACAACAUAUCAAGGCUUUGCUACCAGGGCUGAGAGCACGUAUAAGCACUUCAUUAGUCACGCUUGCAAAAGAACAUGCAAGCUAUGGGGAAAUCACAGAGUCUAAGGCUGGACAGGGUGCUCUUCUCCUGAAUAUUCUUUCAAAGUACUGUGACGCAUUCUCCUCCAUGGUUGAGGGAAAGAACGAGGAGAUGUCUACAUCUGAGCUAUCUGGUGGAGCACGAAUUCAUUAUAUUUUUCAAUCCAUCUUUGUGAAGAGUUUAGAGGAGGUAGAUCCAUGUGAAGACUUGACUCAUGAUGAUAUUCGUACUGCCAUACAAAAUGCAACUGGACCCAAAUCAGCACUGUUUGUUCCAGAAGUCCCAUUUGAAGUCCUUGUUCGAAGGCAAAUAUCUCGACUAUUGGAUCCAAGUCUUCAGUGUGCCAGGUUUAUAUAUGAUGAGUUAAUGAAGAUCAGCCAUCGCUGUAUGGUGACUGAAUUGCAGCGGUUCCCUUUCUUGAGAAAGCGCAUGGAUGAAGUUAUUGGGAACUUUUUACGGGAAGGCCUUGAACCCUCGGAGACUAUGAUCACACACAUCAUAGAAAUGGAGAUGGACUACAUAAACACUUCCCACCCAAAUUUUAUUGGUGGAAGUAAGGCAAUAGAAGCUGCAAUUCAACAAAAUAAGUCAUCUAGAGUUUCUCUACAAGGUUCAAGGGUGAAGGAUGCUCUGGAAUCCGAUAAGGGACCAGCCUCUGAAAGAAAUGGGAAGCCUAGAGCUGUUCUUUCAAGACAAGUAAAUGGAGUAAUGGCUGAUCUUGGUGUUCGUGCUGCAUCAGAUGUUGAAAAAGUAGCAUCCUCUGGAAACACUGGUGGAUCAAGUUGGGGGAUCUCAUCCAUUUUUGGUGGAGGUGAUAACCGUGUGCAUGUGAAGGAGAAUACAGCCAGUAAACCUCAUACUGAACCAGUUCGCGGUGUGCAAUCAUCUUCUACUAUUUAUUUGAGAGAGCCCCCUAGUGUUUUAAGGCCAUCUGAGAGCAAUUCAGAGACGGAAUCUGUUGAAAUCACAGUAACAAUGUUGCUUUUGAGAUCAUACUAUGACAUUGUCAGAAAAAAUGUUGAGGAUUUUGUCCCCAAAGCAAUUAUGCACUUCUUGGUAAACAACACAAAGAGAGAACUGCACAACGUCUUCAUUGAAAAGCUAUACAGAGAGGAUCUGUUCGAAGAUAUGUUACAAGAACCUGGUGAAAUAGCAAUGAAAAGAAAGCGCUGUCGAGAACUGCUCCGAGCUUAUCAACAAGCAUUUAGGGAUUUGGACGAACUACCUCUUGAAGCUGAAACGGUUGAAAGAGGAUACAGUUUGCCUGAAACAACUGGCUUGCCAAAAAUUCGUGGAUUGCCAACUUCAUCUAUGUAUUCUACUAGCAGUUCUGGAGACUAUUAUGCAGCUUCUCCCAAAAAUCCAAAGUCUAAAAAAUCUUCACAUUCUGGGGAUCUUCAAUCACCAUUGUAUGCUAAUUCAGAUUCAAAUGGAAGUGGAGGGCCAUACAUGUCAGGUUUUAAUCCCAUGGCUGCCGAAUGAGCUAGCUGAUUGUACUUGUUGGUCCAAGGAAUUAGACUCAAGGUAUUCUAUUCAUUUGUUUAUGCUCGUGCAAUUUGAGGUUUGGAACUCUUGACUCCAGGAGCUGAACUGCAUUCAAUUACUACUUUUUAACUAAAAUGGUCUUUGAGUGUUGCCCAGUGCUUUCUUUACGUAAGUUCCCUUUUGUUCUCAUAUAGCGUUCGCAUUAUUUUUCAAGGCUCCAGAAAGAAUAACAGGAGCGGUUGAUCUUUCACAGUUGAGAGUCGUUUUUCACUAUAUUUCAUGUAUAUUACUAUUACCAUUUUUUUUUGGUGGCUAGCCAGAUAUUGUUCAUA